UUUGGCUUUUCCGACGCCUGAAUUUCCACGGAAAGCGCAAGUUCGCGUACCCUAAUGUUUACUUUACGAAUGAAAGCUCCUGUCGAAAAUUGUAAUUGAAUUUUUCAGCGGACAUUUAUUUAUAUAAUCAGAUCAACUGAGGGAGGUUGUAGGGAACUUUUAUCGUACAUUUCGUAAAUUCCUUCGGAAGUGGAUGACAUUAUUCACUGUUUGAGAAAGCUUUAAUCAAGAGUUUGUGCCGAAACGAAAAAAUUCUUAUAUUCGUGCAAACUUCAUUCAAUCAGUUUCUAGAUGGAAGAGAAAAUGUGAAGUGAAUUUGAACUCUGACUUAGUGAUGGCUUAUUUAAUUGAAUUCAGACUUUGGUGUGUUGUGCUGCUUGGGUGUUACUCAUCAGUGAAUAGCUAUCAAGAAGAUUGGUCGACUACCAGGAUUAAUGAGGAACCAGAAUUCUUAACUCCGAUUGAAAAUAUGACAAUACCAAUUGGAAGGGAAGCAAUUUUGUCCUGCACAGUCAAUAAUUUAGGACGUUACAAGGUGGCCUGGGUCCGAGCUGAAGACCAGACCAUUUUAAGUCUACAUACAAAGGUCGUAACUCACAAUUCACGUAUCAGCGUUACGCACGACAACCUUCGCACAUGGCAUCUGAGAAUAAAACAGCUUAAAGAGACUGACCGUGGGUGUUAUAUGUGUCAAAUAAAUACUUCGCAGAUGAAAAUUCAGAAAGGAUGCUUGGACGUAUAUGUGCCGCCGGAUAUCAUAAACGACGACACUAGUGGAGAUUUGUCGGUAUCGGAGGGGGAGAAUGCUACUCUUUGGUGUAAGGCAACCGGACAUCCUGAGCCACGCAUCGCGUGGAGAAGAGAAGACGGACAGCCCAUCCUCAUCCGGCGACCCGGUAGGGAACCAACCCGAGUUGAAACCUACAACGGAAGCAGUUUAUUCUUCUGGCGGUUGGACAGGAAACAAAUGGGGGCUUACUUGUGCAUUGCGAGUAAUGAUGUUCCACCGGCUGUGAGCAAGCGUAUAGCUCUGAAUGUCAACUUUGCGCCCCUCAUCAAGGUUCCUAAUCAACUUCUUGGUGCUCCUCUCAAUACUGAUGUCCAACUGGAAUGCUAUGUGGAAGCAUUUCCGAAUACUAUAAAUUACUGGAUCAAGAAUAGGGCAGAAAUGCUUAUCAAUGGAAGCAAAUACACGAUAAGGGAGGAGCGCAGCGGAUACAAGGUGUUUAUGUGGCUGGUCAUCAGGUCUUUUUCCCCAUCCGAUAUUGGAACUUACAACUGCGUAUCCACAAAUUCCCUGGGAAGGGUGGAGGGUACGCUGCGGCUUUACGAAAUCAAAGUUGGCCCCGAAGGAGUACAUGACCACAUCAGUGUAGUAGGGGGAUUGGCAGAACCAGCAAGAGGUCAUCGGACGAGGAACAGCGAGAGCUCCUCCAGCACGAAGAUCGCUGAAUUCUGCACAACCCAAAUAGUGACGUUUGUCAUUUUAUACGCGAUUCCAAGGACGAGCGAAUUUCAGCAUAUCAUAUAUGAAGAGAGAAUCAUCACUGUCGAUUUGUGUUUAUUUCAUGGAUGUUCAAAAAAACAAGAACAAAUAAAGCCUAAAUGUGAGAAUACCCUAGAUAAUACAUAUAAAUGAUAUUUGUACGUACUAUGAAAUUUAGAAAACCUUCAAUUUAUUUUUAUGUAAAUACUUCGGUUCAUUUCAAUGAGCUUUAAGAUUGUAUUAUUAGAGUAUAGGGCGACUUCCAUUAAUUUCUGUACAAAGAAUUUCUUCAAGUGUUUGAAUAAAAAUUUAUUUCGUAA